AUGAACCAACUAUACAAGAGGCGAGAGCCGAUUACCUUACCACAAAAGGCAAGGGGGUGGCGCCACGACCGCGUCGAGAUCAUAGCCAAUGAUCAAGGUAAUCGCACGACGCCGUCAUAUGUCGCUUUCGCCGACGGGGAGCGUUUCAUAGGCGAAGCCGCCAUUAACCAGGCCGGCAUGAAUCCCACAAAUACAGUCUUUGGUGAGCAGCUUUUUUCCCCAAUUUUUCUUUUGUUUUAUUUUUCCCCACUUUGUCAGUUUGUUAUGGCUGCCAUUGCCGACUCCUAUCUGGGCCCCACCCAUGUCCGGGAUGCCGUCAUCACCAUCCCGGCCUACUUUAGCAACUCUCAAAGACAGGCCACCAAGGAUGCCGGUGCCAUUGCCCGCCUCAAUGUCAUCCGCAUCAUCAAUGAGCCCACUGCUGCCGCCAUUGCCUAUGGCCUCAACUACAAAGGAGAGAAGAAGAAUGUGUUGGUCUUCGACUUAGGUGGUGGCACCUGUGACGUCUCUAUCCUGACGAUCGACAAGGGUACGUUCGAGGUGAGGGCCACUGCUGGCGACACCCACCUUGGCGGGGAGGAUUUCGACAACCGCAUUGUUGCUCACUUUGCCAAAGAGUUCAAGCGCAAGUACAACAAGGACCUUUCCGAAAACCCACGGGCCCUACGGAGGCUGAGGACAGCUUGCGAGAGGGCGAAGAGGGUUCUCUCGACCAAUACUAAGACCAACGUGGACGUUGAGUGUCUGCACGAGGGAAUUGACUUCCACUCUAGCAUUACCCGCGCUAAAUUCGAGGAUCUCAACAUGGACCUGUUCGAAAAAUGCGUCGACCCUGUAGAGAGCUGCCUGAGAGAUGCUGGGGUGGAGAAGGCUGCCAUCCAUGAUAUCGUUCUGGUUGGAGGCUCGAGCAGGAUUCCCAAGGUUCAGAAGAUGCUGCAGUUUAUUUUCGAGGGAAAGGAGCUGUGCAGGAGCAUUAACCCGGAUGAGGCUGUUGCGUACGGUGCCGCCGUGCAGGCAGCCGUCCUACGUGGCAUAGGGGACGACAAGGUGCGGGACCUCGUCCUCCUCGAUGUGACCCCUCUCUCCCUAGGAGUGGAAAUUGUCGGGGAGGUCAUGUGUGUUGUGGUCCCGCGUAACACGAUUAUCCCCACUCAGAAGGAGCAUGUAAUCACAACGAGUGUGGAUAACCAGACAACUUUGAGUUUCCCGGUCUACGAGGGCGAGCGGGCGAGGUCAACAGACAACAACCUGCUCGGGCGGUUCAUACUGAAGGGAAUCCCACCUGCCCCGAGGCACGUGCAAAAUGUGGACGUGUGCUUCAAAAUUGACGCCAACGGCAUACUCAGUGUAUCGGCAAAAGAGAGGUCGACGGGCAGAACAAACGGGAUCACUAUAACCAAUGAAGAAGGGAGGUUGUCGAAAGAGGAGAUUGAUAGGAUAGUGUGGGAUGCCGCGAGACACAGGGGGGAGGAUGAUGACUACAGGAGGAGGGUCAAUGCUAGGAACAGCCUCGAGGAUUAUGCUUAUGAAAUGAGGAACACAGUCAGGGCUGCAGCCGGGCUGGCGGCGGCCGACAAGAAGAUGGUGGAGGAUGCGGCGGUGUCGGUUAUUCAGUGGGUGAGGGAGAUGAAUUGGAUGAAGGCCAGUGUGGAUGAGCUCAACCAUAGGAUGCGUGAGCUUAAUUCCGUCUUGGGUCGUGCAGAUGCCAAGCGGCUAAUCGGGAGACGAUACAGCGACACCUCUGUGCAGGCCGACAUAAAGCUGUGGCCGUUCAAGGUUGUCCCGGGGCCCGCCAACAAGCCCAUGAUUGUGGUCUCCCACAAGAGCGAGGAGAAGCAAUUCCCCCCUGAGGAGAUAUCAUCCAUGGUCCUCACCAAGAUGGCCGCCAUUGCCGACUCCUUUCUGGGCCCCACCCCUGUCCGGGAUGCAGUCAUCACCGUCCCAGCCUACUUUAGCGACUCUCAGAGACAGGCCACCAAGGACGCCGGUGCCAUCGCCGGCCUCAAUGUCAUCCGCAUCAUCAACGAGCCCACUGCUGCCGCCAUUGCCUAUGGCCUCGACUACAAGGGAGAGAAGAAGAAUGUGUUUGUCUUCGACUUAGGCGGUGGAACCUGCGACGUCUCCCUCCUCACGAUUAAUGACGGUACCUUCAAGGUGAGGGCAACUGCCGGAGACACCCACCUUGGCGGGGAGGAUUUCGACAACCGCAUUGUCUCUCACUUUGCUGCCGAGUUCGAGCGCAAGUACCGCAAGAACCUCUCCGAAAAUCCCCGAGCUCUACGGAGGCUGAGGACCGCCGGAGAGAGGGCAAAGAGGAUUCUCUCCACCAACACUGAGACCAGUGUGGACAUUGAAUGCCUGCACGAGGGAAUUGAUUUCCACUCUAGCAUUACCCGUGCUAAAUUCGAGGAUCUCAACAUGGACCUGUUCCAAAAGUGUGUCGAGCCAGUCGAGAGCUGCCUUAGAGAUGCCGGGCUGGAUAAGACUGCCAUCCAUGACGUCGUUUUGGUUGGUGGCUCGAGCAGGAUUCCCAAGGUUCAGAAGAUGCUGCAGUUUAUUUUCGAGGGAAAGGAGAUGUGCAGGAGCAUUAACCCGGACGAGGCUGUUGCGUUCGGGGCUGCCGUUCAGGCGGCCGUCCUAAGUGGCAUAGGAAACAACAAGGUGCGGGACCUCGUCCUCCUCGAUGUGACCCCUCUCUCCCUAGGAAUAGAAUCUCUCGGGGAUGUCAUGACCGUCGUGGUCCCGCGGAACACGACUAUCCCCACGCAUAAGCAGUAUACAUUCACCACGGUUGACGAUAACCAAACAUAUGUGGGAUUCCCGGUAUAUGAGGGCGAACGGGCGAGGUCAAAAGACAACAACCUGUUAGGGAAGUUCACAGUGCAUGGGGUCCCACCUGCCCCGCGGGCAACACCCAAACUGGACGUGUGCUUCAAAAUUGACGUCAAUGGGAUACUAAGCGUGUCGGCCAAGGAGAGGUCGACUGGCAAUAUGAACGGGAUCAGUAUAACCAACGAAGAAGGGAGGCUGUCGAAAGAGGAGAUUGAUAGGAUAGUGUGGGAUGCCGCAAGGUACAGGGCAGAGGACGAAGAGUUUAAGAGGAGGGCAAAAGCUAGGAACAACCUUGAGAAUUAUGCUUAUAAAGUGAGGAACACGGUGAGGGUUGCAGCCAGGCUGGCGGUGGCUGACAGGAGAAUGGUGGAGGAUGCUGCGGAGUCGGUUAUUCAGUGGGUGGGGGGGAAUUGGAUGCAAGCCAGUGUGGAUGAGCUCAACGAUAAGAUGAGGGAGCUUGAGCGUAUUUGCAGCCCUAUCAUUAAAGUUGAUAAGGAGUCCGUUCUUUACCUGAAACGUAAGGUGCUUGUUGCUACGACGAGAGUGAUCAAUGCUGUCACACUGCACAGCGGGUUUCCAGUAGAUUUUGACAGAAUCAAGCUUAGCUCCGACGAAUGUGGCAAAGAGCGAGCAUCAUGGGGCAAAUGUGGUGACGAAAUGUCCUUCUCUCGAGUAGCAGCU